AUGGGACACCUUGCAUUGCAGCCUCUGCCUCUGAAAGAAUGGGCAGUUGGCUGGUCCAUCCUCCUCUUCCUGAUUGUGCUUGGAGCCAUGGGACGCCUCAUCAAGCCCUACUUCGAUGACCACGCCACCUCUCUGCAGACACGCUACUGGAGCAACUACCUGGACGUGGAGCAAAAGCUCUUUGAGGAAACCUGUGUCCUGCACGCUCGUGACUUCGCCCGGAAGUGUGUGGUGCAGUUCUUCGAGGACAUGAGGGAGGACGCCGUACUCCGUCUCCCGCAACCACUUUUCCUCAUAAACUCCAGAGAGGAGUGCGAGGAUAAAGAAGAGGAGAGGCUUCACGGAGUGUCGAAGCAGGAGCAGGUGGACCAGCUGCUGAACAAGUGGUACCACAGUAAACCUGAACUAGAUGUCACCAGAAUGGCACACAGACCCAGGACCUGCGUGACCUGGGAGGACAGAGAAGGGAGGACUUUAUACUCGGAUGUCUAG